CGGGGCCGUUCCGCGGAGCUGCUUGUCCCCGCUGGCCAGCCGCAGCAGCGACGCGGACUUGGGGACGCGUGCGCGGGGCGGGGACCUGGUCACCCGCCUCCUCCGGCUGGGGAGUCCCCGGGGCCAGCGCGCGGGGAAGUCCCGAGCGCGGGUACAAGAACGCGGCGCGCGCCCAGGAGGGCGGCCUGGACGGUGGCGCAGCGCUCCAGCCAUGUCGCAAGGUCUCCAGCUCCUUCUCCUCGGCUGCGCUUGCAGCCUGGCUCCCGCGAUGGCGAUGCGGGAGGUGACGGUGGCUUGCUCCGAGACCGCGGACCUGCCAUGCACAGCGCCCUGGGACCCACAGCUCUCCUACAGGGUGUCCUGGGCCAAGCUCUCAGAGGGUGGCAAUGAGAGGAUGGAGCUCCCCCAGAGCAGGCAAAACAACUCCUCUGAGGCACCCGGGACAAAGUCUUAUUCCCUGACGAUCCAAAACACCACCAUUUGCAGCUCUGGUACCUACAGGUGUGCCCUGCAGGAGCUUGGAGGGCAGCGCAACUUCAGUGGCACUGUGAUUUUGAAAGUGACAGGAUGCCCUAAGGAAGCUGCCGAGUCACCUUUCAGGAAGUACAGGGCUGAAGCCGUGCUGCUCUUCUCUCUGGUCAUUUUCUACCUGACACUCAUCAUUUUCACUUGCAAGUUUGCACGACUACAGAGUAUUUUUCCAGAUAUUUCUAAACCUGGUACGGAACAAGCUUUUCUUCCAGUCACCUCCCCAAGCAAGCAUUCGGGGCUAGUGACCCUUCCCAAGACAGAAACAGUAUGAGUAGGGUCUCUUCUGGGUUUUACAAAGCCAAGGGCACAUCAAAUCAGUGUACCUGAAUGCUGCCUGGACAAGAGAAGAAUGAGCCCCACCCUCUGACGGCAACCUUCCUUUGAAGUCCUUCACCUGCCAGUGGGUUCCACACUACUCCCUGCCAUGGGGUCUUGAGCACCAUCACAUGAUCAUGAAGCAUGGGGCCAUCACUGCUUCUCUAUGGCUGUCAGCUCAGCGUUUCAUAUGGCUAUCUGGUCAACCUCUUGAAUGCUUUUCAGUCAUGUAAAAGCUAUGGUGAGAUGCAGGUGGAGCAGGGUCAUGGGAAAUUUGAACACUCCGAGCUGGCCCUGUGACAGACUCCCGAGGACAGCUGUCCUCUUCUACAUCUGGGAUACAUCUCUUUGAAUUUGUCCUGUUUUGUUGCACCACCAGUCCAGAUGUCUCACAUCUGGCAGAAAUUGACAGGCCAAGCUGUGAGCCAGUGGGAAAUAUUUAGCAAAUAAUUUCCCAGUGUGAAGGUCCUGCUAUCAGUAAGGAGUAUUGUGUGUACCUAGAAAUGAGAGGUCAAUGACCUGUUCCUCAGCAGGACCUUUUCAUCUGGAAAAGACAUCCAUAAACCGGCAAUACAGAGGGAUGCCACAUUUAUUUUUUUAAUCUACAAGUACUUGUCAAAGAAGAAUUUUAUGUUUUUCAAAGAAGAAUGUUUGUUUUCUUUUUUAAAAAAUGGUUGUCUAGUUAGAGAGCAUUGCUAGCUGACGAGCAGCCUGAGUGAAUAUGGAGUGUCCCUCAGAAUAGGGACAAGCUAGAAGCACUGUACAAUGUCCUGCUGGGAAGGGCAGACCACAGACUGUGUUACUUGAAGUCUGGCCACAGUUGUCCAAGCCUGUCUGUAGGAUCCUGAAUGAGUCCCUUGUGGUUUUCACUUUCUGGAUUGUAAACCAGAAGGUUUUGUCUGGGUUGACUAAAAAGGAUGUGAAAACGCUUUGGGAAAGCUGAAGGUACUGUACACAGUGGCCACCCCACUGGGUUGUUUAUUUUGUUGAUAUCCUAGCAUUCUGGAGCUGAGGGAAUGCCUAUCAUGUCUCACCCUUCCAAUCUACCAAACAAAGAAGGAUAUGAAGAGACGUCACUACAAAGAGGACGGUACCAUGUCUGCUGUGAGAACUCUUCCUGAGACAUGUGGAGACUGGACCUUGUGUCUUGUUCUUGAAGAUACUGAGCCACAGCAGGAGGGAGUUCUCAGAUGUUGCAUUUCUCUAAUGAACUUGGCCCCUUCCUCAUUUGCUUCCCAAAGAUAUCUUGUCCCUUUAAUGGUGUAUACAUCAUCCGCACUGACAUGAGAGUGAAAGCAGUGUUGAGCUGACCCAGUGUUUACCUCUUACCUCUUUCAUGCUAUUAAAGGUGUGCAUGUGAA